AAUGGUAAUCCUUCGUUUAUAGAUAUAGAAGUAUAAUUAAAUAUGAAUUAAGCAGGUACUUAAUCAGGUUUGUUAGGAUUGCGAUAAACAAGGUAAAUGGGGGACUUUAAUAUAGUUGUUGCGUUGUUGUUAUUAUUACUCCACGUCAGAGAACUCCAAGUUUCACUUCUCACCUGAAUCAAUUCAUAUCAUAUUCGUCUCACGUUAAAAAUGUUGCAGUAAUAUUAAAAGAUCAAAGUGAUAGAUCACGGUAGCCACUGUAGUUAUGACAAAUGUUGCAGGCACCUAUUUAAUUUAUUCUGCAUUAAUUUUAAUUAUUAUCAUUAGUAGAUAACAUACGGUAAUUAUUUAACAAAAGUGCGUCAACAUAAGUUGUCUAAUAUUCAAGUAAAACAGCUGGUUGUUUAAAACGCGAAUUUGAAUAUCAGGAAGUUCCAAAAAUGAACGCCAAUGAAAAAAAUGGCUUUCAAGUCGAUAACUCACACAGCAGACAAAGUACAAUUGAUUUGUCCGGCGAGAAAAAGCGUAACGAUGAAACCACCAAGUCUGACCUUCAAUUGUUACCACAAACUGUUAUUAACGAAAGUAACGAUGGUGAAAAUAAAGAGAAAAAACGCCAUGGAAUUUCCGUGUUCAUAAUCAAUUUCAAUUCGAAUGUUAGACAGUACAAAGAAAAACAUGAUACGAAAAUCAAGUUCCUUACCACUUUCUUAGUACAUCUUAUACUUUUAGGAUAUUUUUGCUGGGCAACGCAGUAUUUUUUGAAACAAGAUAUAUCACUGUCUUCAACCACGUGCAAUGGAUAUGGAUUCUUAAUGAUAGCUUACAUUAUAAUUUAUUUUACUGUUAUCUACUACCUCAUUUUAAAACCUUUCGUUCUACCCUUAUUAUUUAAACCUUUGGCUGGCACUUACAAACGAGUAUCUUCAAUAAGGUUUAUUGGACCAAUAAUCCAUGGAAUAAUUCUCAUUGGAUGUAUUGUUUUCAUAGCGAUUGAUUCUAGGGGAAGUUUUGAAAGAUUAAUUCCCUUGGCUGGUUUACUAUUUUUGCUUCUCUUUGGAUUCGCAAUCAGUAGUAAUCACCGGAAGAUUAAUUGGGACAUUGUGAUAGCUGGCCUAGACCUUCAGUUUCUUAUUGGAAUGUUAGCAAUAAGAUGGGAAACUGGUAGGAAUGUUUUGGUAUGCGUUGGCGAUAAGGCGACCGCCUUUUUGUCAUUUGCGAAUAACGGAUCGUCGUUUGUUUAUGGGGACUUUUUGAUUAUGGAACAAGGAGUUUUUGCGUUUCAGGCACUAUCAACAAUCCUGUUCGUUGGAAUGGUCGUUAGCAUUCUGUUUCAUCUGGGAUAUUUACAAAUGUUCAUUGUCACAGUGGGAGAAUUCUUGCAAUUCUUUAUGGGAACUACGAUUUGUGAAAGUGUCAACUCUGCUUCCAACAUCAUACUUGGCCAAACCGAAUCACCUCUGCUUUUGAAGCAUUACUUACAUCAGCUGACAGAUUCGGAAAUACAUUCUAUAAUGACUUCCGGUUUCGCUACAGUAUCAGGGAGUGUCUUUGCCGGCUACAUUUCAUUUGGGGCCAGGGCAACCGAUCUCAUCACGGCCAGUGUUAUGUCAGCUCCAGCUGCCCUCUGUUUUAGCAAACUUGUUUAUCCAGAAACGGAAAAAACUUCCGCCACAAAAGAAGCGGUGUCUCUAUCAAAAUCAGGUUACACAUCUGUCCUGGAUGCAGCAUGUAAAGGAGCUAGUCAAGGAAUGGAACUGAUCCUAGGUAUAAUUUCAAACGUUAUCGCUCUCAUAGCGUUCGUAUCGUUUGCAAGUGCGGUUUUGGAAUGGUGCGGCACAUUAGUAGGAUUCACCGAAGAGGGUGAAACAUGGACGAUAUACAGGAUAACUGGUUACAUAUUUACGCCCUUAAGCUACAUUAUGGGAGUCCCAUGGGACGAAUGCUAUUCCGUAGGGAGGCUGAUCGGGCUUAAAACAAUCCUUAACGAAUUUGUAGCUUUCCAAAAUAUGCAGUCGAUGGUUUUAACGGAAAGGACAAAAGUGAUAGCAACGUAUGCCAUCUGUGGUUUCUCCAACCCUGGAUCUAUAGGCAUAACGGUUUCCGGCUUAAGUACAUUAGUGCCCACGAAAAGGGAAGUGAUAACAAGGCUCGUUUUUAGGGCGUUCGUCGGGGGUGCAAUUGUCUGUCUAAUGACCGCGUGCAUAGCUGCCAUGGUCUUACCGUAUGAUGUGAUAAUUUAAUUAUUGGUUUUUGUUGUUGUAGGUACAAAUAAUUCAGUUUCUUCUUUAACAGAAUACAAUGACAAAAAUACAAC